AUGCGCGCGGGCUGGGCGCUCUUCACGACCGCUUGGCUAGUCUGCGCGGUGGCGCUGGGCACAUUGUGCCGGUGGCUCGGAUCGCUGCACUCGUACGGCCAGCACACCCGCGCACAGGUGUCCCUGGCCGUGGGCCUCUGCGUGCUGUCUGCCGCGUGGCUGGCGGCGGAGGCAUGCGCGCUGGCCGCGGGCUCGGUGGGGGCGGCCGCCGAGAAGCUCUCUCCCGCGCGCUCGGGAGCGGAGUCCGCGCCCGGCCGCGAGCCUGGGCGGGACUGCGAGCUCCUCGUCGGCCGCGGCCCCGCGGAGGAGAGCCCCAAGGGCGCCGGCCAGGUCCACUGCCGUCGCGACGGUGCCGGGGACCUCGGGCAGCAGGGGGCCGCGGCACCCGAGAGCUGUCAGCUCACUGUCAUCGGCUGCGCUGGCGACCACUCGCCCAAGCGCUCCAGCCUCGGCCACGCCUCCGCGGAGGCCGCGGAGCAGAUGCCGCCGCGGAGCCCGCUGGCUGGAGAGCUCGCGUCCCUCCGCGCCUGCGGGGAGCUGACGGCGAUCGUCGCGGCGAUGUACGUGUGCGAUCGCACGGACGUCUUUGCUGCGGGGCCCAAGGUGGCCGACAGGAGGUACUUCUGGGGCCUGUGGACGCUCGUCUGUGUGGCGGCGCUGGCGUCGGCCAAGAGCUCGGACCGGCCGAAGCCGCUGCAGCGUGACCAGACCGACGAGUGGAAAGGGUGGAUGCAGGUCAUGUUCGUGUUGUAUCAUUACUUCAAAGAGGACGAGGUGUACAACGCCAUCCGGGUCUACAUCGCCGCGUACGUCUUCCUGACAGGGUACGGCAACUAUUCCUUGUACGUGCGCGGAAGGAGCUUCACACUGCGGCGGAAUUUUCAGAUGGUUUUCCGGCUGAAUUUCUUGGGCUUUAUUGCUUGCGCGGCGCUGAAUAAUGAGUAUAUGCUGUAUUACAUCUGUGGCAUGCACACAUUCUUUACUAUUCUAGUCAUUGUAAUGCUGUAUGUCAAGCAAGCCCUUAACGGAUACAAGUGGUGGAUGUAUGUGAAGAUCGGUAUCGCUUUCUCCGGGAUUUGUGCGUUGUACGACGGGCCUGCCGUCCUGUUUCAGGCGGUCUUCGGCCUAUUACCAGGGACGCACUUUCUCUUCGCUUUCCACGAUCCAGUCCACCCAGAGUACGCGGACGACUUGCACGAGUGGCACUUUCGCUCGGGCCUGGACCGUUUCAUAUGGAUCUAUGGCAUGGUGUGUGCCGUUUUCUUUCCCGAGUACGAGGCGUUCAUUGAGUGGAUAGAGUCGAGGAAGGUUGGGCUUCGCGCGGCCUGGAAUGGCGCGCUUCUGCUAGCGACGUUACUUCUUGCGAGCGUCUGGGUUGGCAUCGUGUUUUCGAGGGAGAAGCUCGCCUACAACGCUGUUCAUGCUUACACGUCUUGGCUUCCAGUCUCGCUUUACAUCUUGACUAGGAACCUGACAGCGACGGCGCGGAAGCGGUACCUCGGCGUAUUUGCUUACAUGGGGAAGUACACGCUCGAGACUUACAUCCUGCAGUUUCAUGUAUGGAUGAAAACCACGGGAGUUAAUGGCUCCCCCAAGAAGCUCCUAGUCGUUGUCCCAGACUAUUUCUGGAUUAAUUUCGUUGCUCGUCUCGGCAGCAUACCUGUUCAUGUCAGUGCGCAUGUGCAACCUCACCGUGGUCCUGCGGGACGUCAUGAUACCCGAGGGGAAUUUUGCGAUAGCUGUCAGAUGGGCCGCUCUACUGAGCUUUUCGAUUGUCUGCUGGGUCGUGUCUCUAGCGCUGGAGCCGAGGGAGCCUGCUGCGGCGGAUGCCGCUUCAAUCCAUGCGUGACAGCGGCGCUGAGGAAGCAGCACGCAACACCGCGGAAACACUUCUCUGCACCGGCUGUCGAGCCUCUGUGCCCUUGCGGUCGCACCAUGUUGUGGGCGCGGUCACCUCCCCUCGGCCCUUGCCUUUCCAGUGUUCCCUCUUCACGUUUCUAA